GCUCAUCCAGCCCCGUUAGUUGCGAUCACGGUGACGAUAGAUUCUCCAUCUCUUAAGAUGCUGCGGUGAUUUGUCUCAUCCGUCCACGCCAAGUGUGGCACACUCGCUUCGGGGUAGAAAGCUUUCUUCUGCUCUGUUGUCUCUUGUGCCUGCUCUCAUUUUGCCUUCGAUCUCAGUUAGCUUUUUUCGCAAUGGGGUACGAGAAAGAAAUCAUCCGGCCCGGGAACGGCGUGAAACCUAACCGCGGCCAAACCGUCACUGUCCACUGCACCGGCUAUGGCAAGAAUAGGGACCUGAAUGAGAAGUUCUGGAGUACAAAGGACCCUGGCCAGAAGCCCUUCCAGUUUGAGUUAGGGAUGGGUCGAGUGAUCAAAGGUUGGGAUGAAGGUGUGAUGAGCAUGAGCAUUGGCGAAAUUGCUCGUCUCAAGUGCUCACCUGACUAUGCUUACGGAUCAGGGGGUUUUCCGGCAUGGGGAAUCAUGCCAAACUCGGUGCUCGUUUUUGAAAUCGAGGUGCUCAGCGCCCAGUGAAUUGAAUCGCAGAGUUAGUUACAAGCUAUGUUUAAGGUGUUCUGUAGUGUAAGUAGGAAUGCCAGCGAUGCUUCAAGUUGAGAAUUGUUCUGGAACGAUGGGGCUCAUGGCUUGGAACUACUCAUCAAAUGUGAGUGGCUUGCAUUACUUUCUCUUUUGCACUGCUCAAGGACGAAGAGAUGGUUGUAUUCCUGUGCUUUGUAAGUGCAAGCUCUUUUGAUGGAAUGGAUUGAGUGUGUACAGAAAAAAAGCAA